AUGGCCAGACUUCACAACCCCCUGCCCUUAUUUCUCGUCCUCCUCCUGUUGUCAGUGACUACUGUCGCUCAGGAUGAUGACGAACCAACUUCAUCCACCUCUCAAGUGUCGACUGCGUUCACCGAGGCUGUGACAGGCCUCACCAUGGAACGCUUUUUUGGUGCACGCACAACGUUUGGAUUCGCGAUGACAAUGCCAGAGACACCUGUUGACUCUUUCAUUGGACAAAUGACGUUCCCGCUAGUCAAUGGUGCAGGCUGGGGUGCCAUAGGGCUCACUGGGGAGAUGGAGAAUAACUUCUUUCUCGCGGCUUGGCCAGAUGGCGCCGGCGGUGUUAUGGCUUCGUUCAGGCAAGGCACCAACGAAGAUGAUCCACCUGAGGUAGUGGGGAAAUUUGCCGUCCGCCCCAUCGCACAAGCCACCACAGUCAACAACACAUUCCUCUCAUUCACGUUUGUGUGUGAAGGAUGUCUGGACACGGCAUUGGGUCUUGGUGCGGAGGCAACAGUGACGGAUGGUGUGAUGGGAUGGGCAUUAUCUGAGCAGGCAGUGGCGGAUCGAGCCUCGCCGGACGCACAGCUUGGCUUCCAUGAGAGAGGUUUUGGGCCGUUCACCAUGAGAUUAGGACAAGCCCGGAGUACAUCGUUUGAAGCGGUUGCUGCUCAGGCCGGAGGUGCUAUACCAGCUUCAAGAAAUGCUAGCCCAGUUGCAUUGAACGUCGCGGGUGGUGACGGUGGGCAGGAAGAGGACGAAGGGGAUGAUGAUGAUGAUGACAAAGUCGGAACCGGGAACACGGCAAAUGGUCAGUCAGACGACGAGGCCGAUGAUGAUUGA